CAAUGGCGACGACCGCCCUGCUUCUUUUUCCUCUUGCACUUCUUUUGCUGUGGCUGCUUCCUCGCUUGUGGCUGCAGCGCUACCGCGGCCUGAGGAAGUGGAGGCGGCGGCCAGAGCACCGGACGCUUUUCUCAGAUGGACCGCAGGCGCUAGCGGCAGUGCGACGCGACGUCCCGGCCACCCGCGUCCUCUUCGUGACGGCGCACCCUGAUGACGAAGCGAUGUUCUUCGCCCCCACCAUCCUAGCCUUCAAGUCGGCCAGCCUGUGGCUUCUCUGCGGCUCCACAGGGAAUUAUUAUCAGCAGGGAGAGAUUCGUAAAGGAGAAUUGAUAGAAAGCUGCAAAGUUCUCGGGAUUCCUUCUUCCAAUGUGACUGUCCUGGACCACAGGAAACUUCCAGACCAUCCGUCCACUGAGUGGGAUGUACCUCUCCUUGCAGAGCUGAUCCUCUCACACAUCAAAGCCUACCAGAUCGACCUGGUUGUAACCUUCGAUGCCGGAGGAGUGAGUGGACAUCCGAAUCACUGGUCCGUUUAUGCCGCCGUCAGGUCCUUGCACUCGGAGAGGAAAGUUCUAGAAGACUAA